CCACCUUUUGCGAAACCAACGAGAGGACACCGCCUGCAUCUAGAGCAGCCCAACCAGGAACGUAACCGAGUGGCGCGCGAACGUGAGAGGAAAGCUCUGCGCGGCUGCGCUUUCCCGCCCCUGAACCGUUCUAGACGCGGGUGAGUGCUGGGGCUUCGGCCCGCACCUGGAGCUCCCCGCGGAGCAGCCCCCGGAACGACCCCGCCCCUCUCCAGGAGCUGUGUUUGUUGAUCGAGUUCUGUGAGUGACACAGAAAAGCUGUCCUGCCUCUUUCCCUACUCCCCCACCCCUGCUUAAGAAUUACGUCUGUCAAGCUAUUCCACACCUGGUCCUUCAAAGGAAAAAUGCUUUCUGAAAGCAGUUCAUUUUUGAAGGGUGUAAUGCUUGGAAGCAUUUUCUGUGCCUUGAUUACUAUGCUAGGACACAUUAAGAUUGGUCAUGGAAAUAGAAUGCACCACCAUGAGCAUCAUCAUCUCCAAGCUCCUAAUAAAGAAGACAUCUUGAAAAUUUCAGAAGAUGAACGCAUGGAACUCAGUAAGAGCUUUCGGGUAUACUGUAUCCUACUUGUCAAACCCAAAGAUGUGAGCCUCUGGGCUGCAGUGAAAGAAACUUGGACCAAUCACUGUGACAAAGUAGACUUCUUCAGUUCUGAAAAUGUUAAAGUGUUUGAGUCAGUUAACAUGGAAACAAAUGACAUGUGGUUAAUGAUGAGAAAAGCUUACAAAUACGCCUUUGAUAAAUAUAGAGACCAAUACAACUGGUUCUUCCUUGCACGCCCCACUACGUUUGCUAUUAUUGAAAACUUAAAGUACUUUUUGUUAAAAAAGGAUCCAUCACAACCUUUCUAUCUAGGUCACACUGUAAAAUCUGGAGAUCUGGAGUAUGUGAGCAUGGAAGGAGGAAUUGUCUUAAGUAUAGAAUCAAUGAAGAGACUUAACAGCCUUCUCAGUAUUCCUGAGAAGUGUCCUGAACAGGGAGGGAUGAUUUGGAAGAUAUCUGAAGAUAAGCAGCUUGCCGUCUGCCUGAAAUAUGCCGGAGUGUUUGCAGAAAAUGCAGAAGAUUCUGAAGGAAAAGAUAUAUUUAACACCAAAUCUGUUGGGCUUUUUAUUAAAGAGGCAAUGACUAAUCACCCAAACCAGGUAGUAGAAGGAUGUUGUUCAGAUAUGGCUGUUACUUUUAAUGGACUGACACCUAAUCAGAUGCAUGUAAUGAUGUAUGGGGUAUACCGUCUUAGGGCAUUUGGGCAUGUUUUCAAUGAUGCAUUGGUUUUCCUACCUCCAAAUGGAUCUGACAAUGACUGAGAAGUGAAACAAGAGCAUGUAUAUGAUCGCUGGACAAGAUGUGUGUUGUUAUUUGCAGUAACAACUGCAUAUAUAUCCAACACAGCAGUAUGUUUCUUUUUUGUUUUCUUUUUCAAUUUGGUGGCACUGAUUUAUUCCCACAUUGAAGUUUAGUAGUACAUUU